CGGCACCACCCGGAUACUUUAUCUCCUGCUGGUGACCCCUCCCGGGGUCCAGGGUUCGAGCUGCCCUUGGCUCCGUCCACCUCCUUCCAGUUAUUGUUGGCUUAUUUAUUCUUGAUUUAUUUUGGGGAUCAACUCAGAGAAAUUGACAGCAGGAGGGAAGAGAGACACCUGCACUUUCCCUCUGCAGGUGGGGACCAAGGGCUCGAACCCAGGUCCUUGUGCAUGGUGACAUAUACUCAGCCGGGUGGUGUAGCAUUGCCCAGCCCCUUUCUAGAGUCCUGCCCAGCUCUGGCGGAUGGUGGUGCUAAGGAUUGAACCCGGGACCUCAGAGCCUCCGGCAGGAGAGUCUUCUACCAAACCAUGAUGCUGUCUCCCUGACCCUGCCUUUUUUUUUUCUUGUUGAUUUCUAAGAACUCUUUACAUAUGUGGGAUUUUUUUAAGAAAAAAUCUAUACCAGUGCCCUGCUCAGCUCUGGCUGAUGGUGGUGCUGGGGAUUGAACCUGGGACCUCAGAGCCUCAGGCAGGAGAGUCUUUUGCAGAACCACUGUGCUGUCUCCCCAGUCCUUCGCAGUGCGUGUAUGUGUGUGUGUGUCUACCACUUUAGGCCAAGGUUUUUCAGAGGCACAGAGAUAGAGUGUGUGUGAAAGUGACCAACAUGUCAAAAGCUUCCACCAAUGAGAUGGGGAGCCGGGUUCCAACCUGGGGGCUCCACACAGCAGAGCCCCACACUGUCUAGGUGAGCUGUCUCCCCAGCCCCUGUCCCAGUGCCCUUCUGUCUUUCCCAGCGUCCAUGUGGAAAGCUCUAGAGAGGUGGAAGAAGGACCCAGGAGUCCACCACCCACCUAGCGUCACUCGGCUCCAUUCGCCCAGCCUUUCCGCUCUGAUCUCAGAAUCCUCUCUGCGUCUCCAAGAGCAGAGACCAUGCGGAAAUCCCUGGAGAGGGCCAGAGGCUGGAACCCAGGUCCUUGCUCACUGUACCAUGUGACCUCAACCAGAUACACCACCUCUCAGCCAUUUCAGUAUCAAGAGAAAAAUGAGGGGAUGGUGUCCUUCGAGGACGUGGCCGUGACCUUCUCGCGGGAGGAGUGGCAGCAGCUGGAUGAGGCCCAGAGGACCCUGUACAGGGAGGUGAUGCUGGAGGCCUACAGCAACCUAAAGACAGUAGGGUGUUGUUGGUCAAAGCCAGAGGUGAUCAUCAGGCUGGAGCAAGGAGUGGAGCCUUGGACAGUGGAAGGCGUCACCAACCAGCGCUUCUCAGAUGUCCUGACUGUGGAUGACCUGGUUGAUACCAAUCUGUGGCAAGCUCUAAUCGCUACAAACAAGAAACCACCAAGUCAGGAGAGAGCUCGUCUCGGGAAAACAUGGAAUCUGAGCCCAGUCUAUAUCCCCAACCCAAUGACACAAAAUGGAAACCCUCUGAGAAUGACACCCGAAGGGUGUAGUCUAUGGAGGAACUGGUUCCCGCUCGUGGCGCCUGAUGUAAUGUUUGUUACAGAGGAGGCCAAGGGUCCUGACAGAACCGUCCCAUCCCUCCGUUACCCUGAGUAUCCGAGUCUUCAAAUCCUGCCCAUUUGGCAGCAGCCUUUUGGAUUCAGUGGGCAGAGGAAAGCUCUUGAGAGCGAGGUGUAUUUUUUCACACAUAAGAGAGCUCGGAUGGGAGAGCCCGCCUACAGAUAUCAUGGCUACGAGGAAGCCUAUGACCAGUCGGCUCUCACAGUCCAAGAGAGAUCCCGUACGGGAGAGAUUUGCUCGAGGUGGAGCCAGUGCGGGGAAGACUUUGAGAAGACAGCCCAGUGGGACCGUUACGGAGAAUCUGUAGAUGAGUUCCCAAAAUACAAUCCGAACGGGACUAGUGUGAGCAAGAAACUACACUUCCCUCCGCUCGGAGGCAAGACGUUUGAUGGCAGUGCCUACAGCGAAACUUUCCACAAUUCACUCAGCCUUGCUACCCCUCAGAAGACACACCCAACUGAAAACCUUCCCAAGUGUAAGGCAGCCCGGAAGAAGUCACCCCUCGGCCGACACCAGCAAACCCACACAGGCCUGACAACGUACGAGUGUAAAGAAUGUAGGAAAACGUUCCCCUAUAGGUCAGAUCUCAGUCGACAUCAGAGAACACACACAGGAGAGAAACCCUACGUGUGCAAAGUGUGUCGGAAAACGUUCUCGAAGAAGUCCUACUUCACCGAGCACCAGAGAACCCAUACUGGCGAGAGGCCCUACGAGUGUACGGAAUGCAGGAAAUCCUUCUACCACAAGGAGAACCUCAACAGGCACUUCCGGGGUCACACGGGAGAGAAGCCCUUCGAGUGCACGGACUGCAGGAAGAGCUUCUCCCGUAAGGCCAGCCUCAUCGUCCACCACAGAACUCACACGGGCGAGAGGCCCUACGAGUGUCGAGAGUGCGGGAAAACCUUCUCUCAGAAGUCCAACCUCAUCGUGCACCAGCGGACGCACAGCGGCAACAAGCCCUACAGAUGCGAAGAGUGUGGGAAAACCUUCUUCACCAAGUCGGGCUUCACGGUCCACCAGAUCUCCCACAGGGGCGAGAAGCACUACGAAUGCAAAGUGUGCGCCAAGACCUUCUAUCAGAAGUCCCACCUCAACGUGCACUUGAGGACCCACACCGGAGAGAGGCCCUACGAGUGCCAGGAGUGUAAGAAAACCUUCUGCACCAAGGCCAGCCUCAUCGUGCACCACAGGACGCACACGGGAGAGAAGCCCUUCGAGUGUCAAGAAUGCGGGAAGCUAUUCUCCCAGAAGUCCAGCCUCAUCGUCCAUCAGAGAACUCACACUGGAGAGAAACUCUUCGAGUGUCAAGAAUGUAGGAAGUGUUUCUCCCAGAAGUCUAGCCUCAUUGUUCAUCGGAAAAUUCACACAGGAGAGAAAUCCUAUGAAUGCAAAGAAUGUCGGAAAUCUUUCCCAUACAGGUCAGCUCUCAACAGGCACCAGAGAACUCACACAGGAGAGAAACCCUACGAGUGUGAAGAAUGUAGGAAAACAUUCUCUCAGAAGUCCAUUCUCAGCAGACACCAGAGAACUCACACUGGCGAGAAACCGUUUGAAUGUCAAGAAUGCUGGAAGGCCUUCGCCCAGAAGUCACACCUCACCGUUCAUCAGAGAAUUCACACAGGAGAGAAACCUUACGAGUGCAAGGAGUGUAAGAAAACCUUCUGUCAGAUGUUUGGCCUCACCAGCCACCAGCGGAUUCACACAGGCCAGAAGCCCUAUGAAUGCGGCCAGUGUCCCAAAAGCUUCUACGAGAAGGCACAUCUCAUUGAGCACCAGAGAUCUCACACGUCAGAGAGACCUUACGAAUGCAAAGAAUGCAGGAAGACUUUUUACCUGAAGGGAAGCCUGCGGAUACACCAGAAAGCCCACACGGGAGAGAAGCCCUACGACUGUAACGUCUGUGGGAAAACUUUCUUCCAGAAGUCCCACCUGAUCGCACACCAGAGAAUGCACACGGGCGAGAAGCCCUUCGAAUGUAAAGAAUGCCACCGAACCUUCUCUCGGAAGGGGACCCUCAUCGUCCAUCAAAGAACUCACACCAGAGAGAAGCCCUACGAGUGUCAGGAGUGCAAGAGAACCUUCUCCCAGAAGGCGAGUCUCAACGCUCACCAGAGAAUUCACACAGGGGAGAGGCCCUUCGAGUGCAAAGAAUGUAGCAAAACGUUCUCCCGGAAGGGGAACCUCGUCGUACACGAGAAAACUCACACAGGAGAGAAACCCUAUGAAUGUGCCAUCUGUGGGAAAGCCUUCUCCCAGAAGGCCAGCCUCGUUGGCCACCACAGAACUCACAGGAGUCGAAUUCUCUGCGGCAGAGACUGACCAUGGACCAGCCAGUCUCAUCCCGUGUUUCUGCCAUCUAGUCCCUCCGCCUUCGUUACACACAAUCUUGGAACUUUGUUCUGCUCAGAGUACUCUUUAUGUAACACAAGUGAUGAUCAUCAUCCCUGAUCCUGGCACCCCCCCCCAAAUUUUGUCGUACCCAUCCCCCCUACCUCAUGCUAGGUGGCUAGAAGGACCAAUGGUCCUGAGUGACUGGGGAUAUCGUAGAGUGAAGAAGACCCCAUAGUGUAAUUCAAAUAGUACCUAUCAUUCCAUGAGAGUGGGAUCAUCUAAACCCCACCUUGAGAAAUCACUAUUUGCAAUUUGAGAAAUAAAAAGACAUACCUUGGCUCCCUUC